UAUAGCACUACGGCCAAUACACACCAUGCUAUGUCCAAUAUCAGGCGAGCCAGUCAAGGAACCGGUUCUCUCCCCCAAGAGCAAAACUAUAUUUGAAAAGAAAACCAUUGUAAAUUACAUCUCCACAGCUGGAACCGACCCAAUAACAAAUGACCCUUUAACCAUUGAAGAACUUAUCCCCAUAAACACCCAGACUAAAAACAUUGUACCACCAGUUGCACCAAGAAAUACAUCAAUCCCUGCGUUAUUAUCAACUUUCCAGAACGAAUGGGAUUCAAUCGUUCUUGAAUUGUUUACAUUAAGAAAACAAUUACAACUGGCAAGAGAAGAGUUGAGUGCGGCCUUGUAUAGACAAGAUGCUGCAGUAAGAGUAGCGGCCAAGGCAAUCAAAGAAAGAGAUGAAGCCAAGGAAGCACUCGAAAAGUUGGCAGUAUCUCUAAGCGCCACCAAUGGUGAAGAACAACCCCUGGUGCAAGAUAAAUUAGAUUUGAUUGCUAGCACUCGAGAUGACCUUUUCAAACUUCAUAAAUCACGCAAGAUUAAACUCAACUUUCCUGUUGAUGCGAUAUUGAAGUUAAAUUGGAAACUGGAGCUUAUUGUAGGUGAUACUAUUGCCUGGGGUGUUGAUAAUGUAAACAAAACAAUGGGAUUUAUUACCGAUAAGGGGUUCGUUGAAUAUAAAAUGGAAGCGGAUAGGAUACAAAAGGAAUGGAAUAAGAAGUACACAAAUUUCUUUUAUAAAAAUGGAAUAGUUAUUCCUUGGAAUGAUCACUUGAUUAAGUUUGAUCAUUAUAGACAAUUAGAAUUUGAAGAUACAAUCGACCAAGUUAUCUGUCAUCCAACCUUAAACAUUUAUAUUGUUUUAACCACCGAGCCAUCGUUGAUUGUAUGUGAUGACACAACCAAGAUAACCAGCUAUUCAUUGAAAGAUCAUCUUAGUCUUGGAAAGAUAAAACUGGCCAUUCAUGUUGAUGGUGAAAUUGUGGCUCUAGCAUCAGAAUCCAGUAUUAUCUUGAUAAGUAUAAUCACUGGCAAUAAAUUAGCCUCAUUACAAACAAAUGCACCAGUCAAGAAAUUAAUGUUUGCCCUGAAUGGGUAUUGGUUAUUUGCAUUAACUGAUACCGUUGAAUUGUUUGAUUUGAGAACAGCUAAAAGAAUUAAACAGUUUGACCAAAAGGUAGAUGAUUUUGUUAUAGAUCCUUCGUCAUCUGUGCUAGUUACUGUUGCUAAUGAGAAGUUUUCUAUUGCAAGAUACUCGAAAAAGAAAAAGGAAUGGCAAUUUCAAGAAUCAGAGGAGUACAAUACUAAACAUUCCAUGACAAAGUUGGUAUUAAUAACUAGUGAUGAAGAUGCGGCAAAGGGAGAGUCAAUUAGAAUAAUGACCAUGGACGACAACCUCCGUGAAGGUAGUUGUUUCGUCUUAGAUGUUAAGGAGGAAAGCUAAUGUAUUAUUACAGUUAAUAAAA